UAGUAGGGCUUUACGUCCCUUACGGGUUGCCGUAGCGUACACGGAAGACGUUCGCAGCGUUCUGCCCGGGGCAUGUGUGUUGUUAUUUUAUAUUCCUUAUUCAGUAUUAACGUAAAACUGUAUAAUGCUUGUAUCAUGUACUCACGUCUCUAUAAGCAGACUCCAGCUUUUACCUUGGACUCGUCUAUUUAAUACCCGACGACUGAUGGCUACAGGGAAAUUACAGUUGACCUUGUUUCGUCCACCAAGCUUGUCCAAGUUGUUGAGUCGUGACAAGUGCGUUUUUGCGCUUUUUGCACGAAAGUGCUAUUUGCGUUUGAAAUACGAGCCGACACAGACAGUCAAAGCCUGCAGCUUCAGGGCGCCGCUGAGCCCCGCGUGGCGCUGCCUCGUGUCUCCGGCGAGCGGGGAGCAGACACCCGGCUCUCGUGCUUUUCUAAUUCAGCGCGUCGGCACGCAAUGGCGCAACCUUCACUCGAGUUCCGCGGCGAGGGCUGGUCUUCCUACGGAGGUGUCCCGGGAUGUGCUGCUUUUCGAGCACGAAAGGACUACAUUUUUCAGACUGCUAGGCUUUUUCUGUCUCGGCCAGUUUAUCUUCUGGACCUACCUUGCGCAUUUCGCCUUCACCACCCUGAAGGAAACAGGCUUCAAAGACACUGUUAUUGUAGGCGACGAAGGCAAGAACCUACCGAAACUUGGAGGAAUCUCGCUGAACCUGGGUUCAAAUAAAUGGCGAUACGGCUUUACUGCUUCUUGCUUCACUGUGGGUUCUCUAAUUCUUGCUGCUGGUGUGGCAUUUGCUCGACGCUCAGUAAGUCGGGUUGUUCUUCGGAAAGGAGGUCAAGAAGUCCAUUUCUCCACAUACUAUCCUUUUGGAAUGAAGUCAGAAUUCACUGUGCCACUGCGUCAUGUGUCCAGUGUAGCUCAUCGAGCUGAAGUUCCUUCAAUGAUACCGGUAAAGAUAAAAGGGCAUCCUCUCUAUUACCUGCUUGACAAGCAAGGACAACUGUAUAACCCUAAGCUCUUUGAUCUUACUGUUGGGGCCUAUAGAAAACUGUGAGCAAACUUCAACUGUAAAUGCAUUCAAGUUUAUGGUAUUUCUGAUAGAUGAUGCUGUCUUUAAAAUAUUUCCAUAAUUCUUUAUAUUUACAGAAUAAAGCCUGGGAAACAUGGAA